CUGUGUCAGUGUCCAGGCGUGUGUCUGGUGUGUCUCCAAGAAUCUGUGUCUCCCUUGAGUGUGAUAUAUAAAUGCCGGGGUGUGUGUGUGUGUGUGUGUGUGUGUGUGUGUGGUUGCAGAGUCUAGGUUUGUGGGACUUGCAAGCUGGCCUCCAGUUGGGGUGUGUGUGUGUAUGUAAAUGUGUGUACGUGUCUGCUCAUAGGCCUGUGCGUCUGUGUCUGAGUCAUCUGUGUGUAUGUGAAUUAGUGUGUGUCUGCAUGCGUAGGCCGGACUGUUUAUAUGUGUAUGUCUGUGUGUAAAUGAGGGUGUAGGUGUCUGUGCACAUAGGUCUGGAAGUGUGUAGUUGUGUCUGUUUCUCUUUGUGUGUGCUAGGGGUCCGAGUGUGUGUCUGGGACGGAGGGGGUCCUUUGUGGGUCUGGUGUGCCGAGCUGUGCUGGCUCUGCAGGUGUGGUUGCCCUAGGGUGUGUGUGUGUCGCUGCCAGUGUGUGUUUGUGUCUGGGUGUGGGAGUGGUGCCGCCCACUUCCCCUGAGUUGGUCACCGACUCUCUCAGGGUGUCUCCAGGGGUCGGGCUCAAGACUCAGGGCCUCUAAUUAGCGGCUGGUCUUGAGGCCCAGCACCACCCGCUCCUCUGCAGGCUGCAGUGGGGCCUUUGUCUGCCUGGGUGCAGGGCUGCCUCCAGCCUGCCCAGCCAGAUGUGCAGACUCAGAAGAGGCUCGCUGACCCGGGCCCACAGGCGCCUCUGCCUGCCAGACAUGACCUCGGCCUCCACAUGGAGGUCCAGUGAAAGAGCAGCUGAAACCCAGAGAGGCCCAUGUAGAGCGCAGCUCAGGGAAGAUCCGAUCCACACGCAAGGGUUCUCCCCGCGCCACAACGGAACCCCUGAAAGGAGCCCAGUGAUGCUGCGCAGGCUGUGAACGGGGAGGGCAGCACUGCGGAGGCUGCCAGCAGCCGGGGCCGGGAGAGACAUGUGGACACGUAGCCCCUAUGGCUUCCGCCUGCCAGAUCCUCCGCUGGGCCCUCGCCCUGGGGCUGGGCCUCACCUUCAAGGUCACACAUGCCUUCCGAUCUCAAGAUGAGUUCCUGUCCAGUCUGGAGAGCUAUGAGAUCGCCUUCCCUACCCGCGUGGACCACAACGGGGCACUGCUGGCCUUCUCGCCACCUGCCCUCCGGAGGCAGCGCCGGGGCACAGGCGCCACAGCCGAGGCCCGUCUCUUCUACAAGGUGGCUGCACCCAGCACCCACUUCCUGCUGAACCUGACCCGCAGCCCCCGUCUACUGGCAGGGCACGUCUCCGUGGAGUACUGGACCCGAGAGGGCCUGGCCUGGCAGAAAGCUGCCCGGCCCCACUGCCUCUACGCCGGCCACCUGCAGGGCCAGGCCGGCAGCUCCCAUGUGGCCAUCAGCACCUGUGGGGGCCUGCAUGGCCUGAUCGUGGCGGAUGAGGAAGAGUACCUGAUUGAGCCCUUGCAAGGUGGGCCCAAGGGUCCCCGGGGCCCAGAGGAAAGUGGCCCUCAUGUGGUAUACAAGCGUUCCUCCCUGCGCCACCCCCACCUGGACACAGCCUGUGGAGUGAGAGAUGAGAAACCGUGGAAAGGUCGGCCCUGGUGGCUGCGUACCCUGAAGCCACCACCUGCCAGGCCCCUGGGAAACGAGACAGAGCGAGGCCAGCCGGGCCUGAAGCGCUCCGUCAGCAGAGAGCGCUAUGUGGAGACCCUGGUGGUGGCUGACAAGAUGAUGGUGGCCUACCAUGGGCGCCGGGACGUGGAGCAGUACGUGCUGGCCAUCAUGAACAUUGUUGCCAAACUUUUCCAGGACUCGAGUCUGGGAAACAUCGUUAACAUCCUGGUGACGCGCCUCAUCCUGCUCACGGAGGACCAGCCCACCCUGGAGAUCACCCACCAUGCCGGGAAGUCCCUGGACAGCUUCUGUAAGUGGCAGAAAUCCAUCGUGAGCCGCAGCGGCCAUGGCAACGCCAUUCCGGAGACCGGUGUGGCCAACCAUGACACAGCGGUGCUCAUCACGCGCUAUGACAUCUGCAUCUACAAGAACAAACCCUGCGGCACACUAGGCCUGGCCCCGGUGGGCGGGAUGUGCGAGCGGGAGAGAAGCUGCAGCAUCAACGAGGACAUCGGCCUGGCCACGGCGUUCACCAUUGCCCACGAGAUCGGGCACACAUUCGGCAUGAACCACGACGGCGUGGGGAACAGCUGUGGGGCCCGCGGCCAGGACCCCGCGAAGCUCAUGGCCGCUCACAUCACCAUGAAGACCAACCCGUUCGUGUGGUCAUCCUGCAGCCGAGACUACAUCACCAGCUUUCUGGACUCCGGCCUAGGGCUCUGCCUGAACAACCGGCCCCCCAGACAGGACUUCGUGUACCCAACGGUGGCCCCCGGCCAGGCCUAUGAUGCAGACGAGCAGUGCCGCUUCCAGCACGGAGUCAAAUCGCGUCAGUGUAAAUACGGGGAGGUCUGCAGCGAGCUGUGGUGUCUGAGCAAGAGCAACCGGUGCAUCACCAACAGCAUCCCCGCCGCCGAGGGCACGGUGUGCCAGACGCACACCAUCGACAAGGGGUGGUGCUACAAGCGAGUGUGUGUCCCCUUCGGGUCGCGGCCGGAGGGCGUGGACGGGGCCUGGGGCCCGUGGACCCCGUGGGGCGACUGCAGCAGAACGUGCGGCGGCGGUGUGUCUUCUUCCAGUCGCCACUGCGACAGCCCCAGGCCAACCAUCGGGGGCAAGUACUGUCUGGGCGAACGGAGGCGGCACCGCUCAUGCAACACGGAGGACUGUCCCCCUGGCUCCCAGGACUUCAGGGAAAUGCAGUGCUCUGAAUUUGACAGUGUCCCCUUCCGUGGAAAAUUCUACACAUGGAAGACGUAUCGAGGAGGGGGCGUGAAGGCCUGCUCUCUCACAUGCCUAGCCGAAGGCUUCAACUUCUACACCGAGAGGGCAGCCGCUGUGGUGGACGGGACGCCCUGCCGCCCAGACACAGUGGACAUUUGCGUCAGCGGCGAGUGCAAGCAUGUGGGCUGUGACCGCGUCCUGGGCUCCGACCUACGGGAGGACAAGUGUCGCGUGUGUGGGGGUGACGGCAGUGCCUGCGAGACGAUCGAGGGGGUCUUCAGCCCAGCCUCGCCUGGGGCAGGGUACGAGGAUGUCGUCUGGAUCCCCAAAGGCUCUGUCCACAUUUUCAUCCAGGACCUGAACCUGUCCCUCAGUCAUCUGGCCCUGAAGGGGGACCAGGAGUCCCUGCUGCUGGAGGGGCUGCCCGGAAUCCCCCAGCCUCACCGCCUUCCCCUGGCUGGGACCACCUUUCACCUGCGACAGGGGCCAGACCAGGCCCAGAGCCUAGAAGCCCUGGGACCCAUUAAUGCCUCUCUCAUCGUCAUGGUGCUGGCCCGUACAGAGCUGCCCGCCCUCCGCUACCGCUUCAAUGCACCCAUCACCCGGGACGCCCUGCCCCCCUACUCCUGGCACUACACACCCUGGACCAAAUGCUCAGCCCAGUGUGCAGGCGGCAGCCAGGUGCAGGUGGUGGAGUGUCGCAACCAGCUGGACAGCUCCGCCGUAGCCCCUCACCACUGCAGUGCCCACAGCAAACUGCCCAAGAGGCAGCGUGCCUGCAACACAGAGCCGUGCCCACCAGAUUGGGUGGUGGGAAACUGGUCGCGCUGCAGCCGCAGCUGUGACGCGGGAGUGCGCAGCCGCUCCGUCGUGUGCCAGCGCCGCAUGUCGGCCGCCGAAGAGAAGGCGCUGGACGACAGCGCGUGCCCGCAGCCCCGGCCACCGGUGCUGGAAGCCUGCCAUGGCCCCGCCUGCCCUCCCGAGUGGGCCGCCCUGGACUGGUCUGAGUGCACCCCAAGCUGCGGGCCCGGACUUCGUCACCGCGUGGUCCUUUGCAAGAGCGCUGACCAGCGGGCCACGCUGCCCCCCACGCACUGCCCGCCCGCAGCUAAGCCGCCGGCCACCAUGCGCUGCAACCUGCGCCGCUGUCCCCCAGCCCGCUGGGUAGCGAGUGAGUGGAGCGAGUGCUCCGCGCAGUGUGGCCUCGGCCAGCAGCAGCGCGCGGUGCACUGCACCAGCCACACCGGCCAGCCGUCCCGCGAGUGCACCGAGGCCCUGCGGCCCCCCACCACACAGCAGUGUGAGACUAAGUGCGACAGUACGCCACCUGGGGACGGCCCGGAAGAGUGCAAGGAUGUGAACAAAGUCGCCUACUGCCCCCUGGUGCUCAAAUUUCAGUUCUGCAGCCGAGCCUACUUCCGCCAGAUGUGCUGCAAAACCUGCCAGGGCCGCUAGGGGGCGCGCGGCACCUGAAGCCACACCUGAGUGCAGGCUGAGGGGGUCUGGGCCAGAGAGGGCCGGAGGGGGCCGAGCUGGGAGGGAAGGGUGAGAUGGAGUUGGAAGUUAUUUAUUGGGAACCCCUGCAGGGCCCCUGGCUGGGCGAUGGAGAGGGGCUAGCUACUCCCAGCCCCUCACCUAGUUCAUACUGAGACCUCCUCCAGGGUGGGUCUGGGAAGGGGACAAAGUUCACCCCAGGGCCCUUUGCACUCACCCUCACGGAGUCCCCAAUGCUCUCCCACCCUUUGAUGGGAAUAUGUACUGUGAAGAGUGGAGGUGGGGAGGGGGUCUGCGGGUGCCCUGCCCCCCAGCGCUGGCCUUCCUGUCCACUCGGAGCUGGGGGGAAUCUGUGUCUACUAUGGGGGAGGAGUUCAGCACCAUCUCCCUGAUCCCCUCCCCGUUAACUGACCCCAGGGGAAUGUCCACCCCAACCUCUGCUCUGCCUGCCCUGUGGGGACCCCAACAUCCAGGCCACCCUCUUCAUGGUGCUACAAGCCCUACCCUGGGGCCCACACACUCCUCACCAGGAAGCCCCACAUAAUAAAGUUCUGUCUUGUGUAAA